ACUUUGACCCGUGACGUCACGCAGAACUGCUGGGACCGGUACAGAGCGGUAGAGUCGAACAAAACCAGCUGUUGGCAUGACAUCUAUUCCCAGGAAGAGGCAUAGGACCGGGGAAGCAGAGAUGGCUCCACCGACAGCCAUGAAACGUACGCCGAAGGUGUCCGUGGGGAGCGAGUACUUCAUCCAGGACCAGCAGCUUCAUGCUGCCAACGCCACCACCACCCUGGAGCACAUGUGUCUCCUGGACAUAGACUCCCCUCCCUCCAUGGUGCGCCACUCAGGGAUAACCUGUACCCUUGGGCCAGCAUCCAAGGAAGUGCCCAUUCUGGUGGAGAUGAUGAAGGCUGGGAUGAACAUCGCCCGGAUGAACUUUUCCCACGGCUCACAUGAGUACCAUGCAGGUACCAUUGCCAAUGUCCGUGAGGCAGAGAAACUCAUCAAGCCUUUCCGACCCAUCGCUAUCGCUCUGGACACCAAGGGCCCCGAGAUCCGCACAGGACUGAUCGCCGGAAGUGGUACUGGGGAGGUGGAACUGAAGACUGGAGAGGAGAUCCGACUCACCACCAACGAGGACUUCUACGAGAAGUGCGACGACAAGACCCUGUACGUGGACUACAAGAACAUCACCAAGGUCAUGGACAAGGGCGGACAGGUCUACAUCGAUGAUGGCCUGAUCCAAGUCACGGUCAAGGACAAAGGUGAAGACUACCUGCUGUGUGUGAUUGACAAUGGUGGUACCCUGGGCAGCAGGAAGGGAGUCAACCUCCCCAGGGUGGCCGUGGACCUGCCGGCCGUCUCCGAGAAGGACAAGGGGGAUCUACUCUUCGGGGUGGAGCAAGGGGUGGACAUGGUGUUUGCCUCCUUCAUCCGUAAAGCAGCGGAUGUGCACGCUGUACGGGAGGUCCUGGGGGAGAAGGGCAAGAACAUCAAGAUCAUUAGUAAGCUGGAGAACCACGAGGGGGUCCGCAGAUUUGACGAGAUCCUGGAGGCCAGUGAUGGCAUCAUGGUUGCCCGCGGUGACCUGGGUAUCGAGAUCCCCGCGGAGAAGGUGUUCAUCGCACAGAAGAUGAUGAUUGGUCGCUGCAACAGGAUCGGCAAGCCUGUCAUCUGUGCUACUCAGAUGUUGGAGAGUAUGAUUGGGAAGCCACGCCCCACCCGUGCAGAGGGCAGUGAUGUCGCCAAUGCUGUUCUAGACGGAGCUGACUGUGUCAUGCUGUCAGGGGAGACAGCAAAGGGACUGUACCCCAUACCGAGUGUCAAGAUGAUGCAUGCUGUAAGUACAGUACUGUACAAUGUACAAUGCGGGAUAAUGGACACCGUCUGUGUGGAAUCAGCCACCAAUGCGUGCUGA